CCUACCACCGUCCGACGGCGCAUAGCCCAAACCAAGAGAUCUCGAGCAGGCUGUCGCACUUGCCGUCUCCGCAAAGUCAAAUGUGACGAAGCUCCUGGGGCUUGUCAACGAUGCGUGUCGACCGGCCGAGUCUGCGAUGGCUAUGAUAUGCACCGGUUGCCUGCGGCCACGGGCAGCAAGACCAUUGGUGCUGUAGAGCCGCGCCUCCCAGCCUCGAUCUCCAGUAACCUAUUCAGAGCAAUGACAUCGGACGAGCGAAGGUGCUUCUCCUACUUCCAGAACCGCGAGAUCCCCGCAAAUCUGAUGUUUUUCGAUUCGGCCCUAUGGAAGCGGCUCGUGCUGCAGAUGGCCCAGGCGGAACCCGCCGUAUAUCAUGCCAUGAUCGCUUUGAGUGCCGUGCACAUGGAUACGGAGAUCAAGGAUGUCUUAGUGUUACACCCCGAGGUACCGCCGGACAGUGUCUUCCACCUCUUUGCCCUCGAGCAACUGGGGCGCUCCUACGCCCUGCUACAACAGCGCUGUAGCUCCCAGGACCCGCAGAUCCUCCAGAUCACUUUAGUGACUUGCCUGCUAUACACCCUGUUCGACAUGAUCCAGGGCCAGUACGAAACGGCAUACACGCAUAUGCAGAACGGCGUGCGGAUCCUCAAGGAUGUUGGGCCGUUCAAGCGCCAGCAGGACCCCUACACGGCGAAUGACCUCCCGGUCGACGGAUGCCUGGUCGCGGGCUUUUCCUUCCUCGACAUCGGCUUCAUCCACUUCGACUUCGACGGACCGCCCCGCGUGCACCUCAACGAGGGUCAAGACUUCGAGCGGACCAUCCUCGCCCGACAGGGGUAUAUCAGCAGCCUGCAGGAAGGACGACAGGCGUACAACAUCAUCGCCAGCGCGCUCUCCCAGUUCCUCCCACAAGCCUGGCAUCUCUCGGACGCCGACAUCGCCGCCCAGUACCAGCGGCUCCAGCCGCAGCAGAUCCUCCUCCUCUCGCAGACCGGCCGCAUGCUCCGGGUCUUCGAGGCCUACGCCGCGCGAUCGGCCGGCCGUCUGCCCGCGCCCGAGCAACAGAGCCUGGACAUGCUCAUCUACCACAUCCACGCCUUCCUCCUGGGCCUCAGGAUCUGCCUCUUGGGCAGCAACCGCGCCGCCCGCGCCGCCUACACGGCAGACUUUGCCGCCUUGCUCGCCGAAACCGAAGCCCUCAUGGCCCGCGUCCCCGACCAGCCCAGCGUCACCCUGGACCUCGGCGUCCUCCCGCCCCUCCACCUCAUCUCCACCUUCUGCCCUGACUACCGCCUGCGCCUGCAGGCCUUCCGCCUUCUGCAGACCUGGCCGCACCGCGAGGGCCCCUUCGAUUCCGACCUGACCGCCGGCCUGGCCAUGGAGCGCAUGCGCAAGGAGUUGACGCUCAUGCGCGCGACCGAC